AUGCGUGGGCUAUGGGGCAUUGUAACUGGAACAGAAAAGAAGCCAUCUGAUCCAAAUGAGGAUGAAAAUGACUCAUGCAUUACCCGGGAGAGAAUUUCAAGGCUGCUCAUCAAAAAUGCCCUUGGACCUGUCGAUUAUCACCAAGCUCAGUCGGCAAAAGCUGCAGCAAAUAUAUGGGGAAUAUUAACAAGUUUUCAUCAGAUCACGGGCGCUCAAGGUAUAGUAGAUGCGAUUUGGAACUUCUGGAGUAAACGUUGUGCUGGGAGUGAAUCGGCGCGAGAACACAUUGGAGAUAUUAUGGCCAUGCAUAUGGAGCUAGCCGAGCUAGGAAUAGUUAUAGAUGACUAA